CAGCCCUCGCUGGCAGCGCGCGGGGCGGGGGCGAGGGCGAGAGCGAGGGCGGCUGGGCCGGCUGCCUCCCUCCGCACCUGCCGCCCCCGGAAAGCGAAAGCGGCGCGGGAGCCCCAUGGGAAGCGCCGAGCCCGGCUGGGGGCCCGGCGCCCCUGAGGAUGAGCCCCGCCGCCAGCGGCCGCUGAAGCGCGGAGCCAUGGCCCGGCGGCCGCCGCCGGCAUGAGCGGGACGCGGCCAGUCGCAGCAGCGCCCCCCGCCCCGGACCAUGUCCCAUGCUUUUUUUAGGUCUACCUUUCGUUUUCUGCUACUAUUGCUAGUGCUGUUGCUAGCAAAUUCAUCUUGUAAAUUGGAAAGUACAGCUGAAAUACGUGCGAAUUAUGAAAAUAUCCUAAUCGACGACAUUAACAUUCUGGGAAGAGGGCAGGUUAUCAGUGAUCCGGCUCAUUCCCUACUCUCUCCCAGGGAAAGAGAGCAAAGGAGCAGUCCUCUGUUUGCCCCGGCUCGAGAGAGAAAUCCCCAACCUUUGAAGAGACUAGUGCUCCAGGUAAAUAUGUCUGCAAGAACUUGUGACUGGUACUGCAAAAGAAAAAAAGAUGAAUAUUCCAGUGUGAUUUUCUGCAAUGAUAGUCAGGAAAUAGUAUCACUACAGAUCAUGGCGUGCGAUUUGCUUAAGUUGUUAUAUAAACAAUAUAACCAAAAACGCAGGGGAGAGUUCUAUCGCAAAGCAGCUGAAGUCUCAUGUAUGACAUUAGAUAUUAUACAAGGCCCUUGUAAUGAGAAAAAAAAGAUGUGUCAAGAGUCAAAUCUACACAAACAUGGGAAGUCUCCUGGAAAAAAAUGUCCUCAAGAAGUAUGUGUAUUAAAAAUAUAUAUAUCUAGCCUUCAAUCCUGCUGGAAUAAGUUUGAAACAGAAACUAUUAGGUAAAACUCCAAAUUUAAAUAUGCAACCUUGCUCCUUUUUCAAAUGGCAUUACUACAUAACUUUGCACUUUACAUGCAUUCUUCAAGUAUCUCUGUCUACUUAUCCAAAUAUUUUGUGCCCAAGUCUUCAUUAAAGUUACUUCACCUUGUUUCUGGAGACAAAACCGUUAGAAACAGAUAAGCAGGACUGCUGAAAAACAAGAAGUAGAAACUGGCAACAUUAUUGCAAGCAAAGACCAAACAGAGAAAGCUGUAGUCCCAGCUGCACACAGUGGAAAGUACUUAAAAUCUAUUCCUAUCUACAAAUAGUUGGUCCUGUCUGACUAGCUUCAUAUAAUUUUAAGAUGAGAAGACACUUGUUGGUGCUAACUGCAAUAAAAAUCUUCUUAGAAAUCACAGACAAGGAGAACAACAUACCACAUGAAUAUGAUUUUAUACAUCAGGGAUCAAAAUUAAGAAUUUUGUCAACAAAUACUGGCUCCUAAGACUGUUUCACUGAUGCUGUAGCAUCUUAAGUACCAGCCUCUGAUGGAUUUGCAAACUGAUCUGGGGGCCAAAAAAUGGGCAAGAAAAAGAAGACUAUGGAGCUGAUUUAUUAAUAAAAGCCAAGGAAGGUGUAUCAGUGCUGAAGAGAUCUAGCACCAAAGUGGCUGAAAUAGCUGGAGGCAAGACAGAGUAAGGACUGUGGAAUGGGGGGGAAAGGGAACUCCUGAAUGUGAGUAAGUCCAGCUGAUUGGGAACAGCACUACCUUUGUGCAUUUGAUAUUCACAGAGUUAGAUGCAGGAAUAGUCAGAGUGGCUUACAAUGAUUUUGAUUUUUCAAUAUAUAUUAUUUUACACAAUGUUAAUAUGUUAAACAAAUAUGACAAUAUGUAUAUGAAUAUUUUCAGAGAAUAAUAUAUUGGCAUUUUACUAAUAAAAUGUUCAUAUUUAAUUUGAUGAAUGCAAAAAUAUUUUUAUAGUUGUUUUUACAACUCUUGCAAUGUCUUUCUUUGAUAUAACUUUGAUAAUAAAAGCACUUAUACC